ACAGCUCCAUAAGCCGAACUGGCGAGCGCAUCGGGAGCCUCCAUAUACCCACCGCAAUUGGAACUAUUGCCACAAUGUCUGGCUACGAGGUCGAGCACAAUAUAUCCACCAAGGAUGACAAGUCGCAGCAGCCUCCGCGCCGGCCAGACCUAUCCACCUUCUUUUCACAGCUCGAACUUGUAGACACAUCCGAUCCACGGUCACACACAAACCCCAAUGCUCUCCCCCAGCCCGAGAAUAUGGCAGCGGCAUUCCGCUUACUUGCGAACGCUUUCGAGACAAUGCGCGGACGACCGGCGGACGCGGCCAACGCAGAGGGAGACUUGUUGGCUAGUAUGAUUGAGGUAUUGCGCGAGAAUGCCGAUGAUCCGCCCACUGAACUCAAGGGCGUACCCGACAGCUUCCUGGACGAGUUGGAAAGGGUGCCCAAGGAGAAACUAAAACCUUCCGAUACAUGUCCAAUAUGUGUCAACCCUUUCCUCGAAGACAAAUAUCCGCUUGUGGUUCAGCUUCCAUGUCACGACGAUCACCGCUUUGAUCUCGACUGCAUAGGCCCGUGGCUCAAGCUGAACUCUACGUGCCCUCUUGAUCGCAAAGAAUUGUUGAAGAAAAAGCAGCCCCCUCCACCGCUCGCUGACGACGAGGAGGAUUAUGACGACAUGUAUGCCUGAGAUGGUCACUACACAGAUUGCAUUGCAUCGGAGUUAGGCAUUCGCCGCAGAUAGUGAAUAAGAGUGCUGACAAAAUCGACAACGGGUACGCCUACGGACUCCGUCAGCAUCUGCGCCUGCAGAAGAUACACUGGCUACCUCUCAACGGUUGGGAGAGCAUAGCAGUCAUGCGCAACCCUUUCCCACUUGUCCAUCCGCGAAUAAUGAUGUGAGACUUUGUUUG